AUGGAGGAGUUGGGGAUCGAUCUCUCAGCAAACCAAGAUGAAGAGGGGGACCAAGAGACCUUCCAGAUGGAGGUCAACAGAGAGACCAAAAAAUGUACCUUCAGGACUUGUACAGGGAAGUACUGGACUCUGACCUCCAACGGUGGGGUGCAAUCCACUGCCUCAACUAAGAAUGCCAACUGUUACUUCGACAUUGAGUGGUGUGACCGGCGUAUCACUCUGAAGGCUGCCAACGGCAAAUACGUCACCGCCAAGAAGAAUGGGCAGCUUGCUGCUACGGUUGAAACUAGCAGUGAGACAGAGCAGUUCCUCAUGAAGCUGAUCAACCGGCCAAUCAUUGUUUUCCGUGGAGAACAUGGCUUCAUUGGCUGUCGGAAGAUGACAGGCACCCUAGAUUGCAAUCGGUCCUCUUACGAUAUCUUUCAGCUGGAGUUUAACGAUGGUGCCUACAAUAUCAAAGAUUCCACUGGGAAAUACUGGACGGUGGGAAACGAGGCAUCCAUCACCAGCAGCAGCGAUUCUCCUGUGGACUUCUUCUUUGAGUUCUGCGACUUGAACAAGGUGGCCAUUAAGGUCAACAACAAAUACCUGAAGGGUGACCAUGCUGGGGUCCUCAAAGCCUCUGCCGAUGCCAUUGACCCCUCCACCCUCUGGGAGUAUUAAAUGCACUUUAGUCUCCUUCCCUUC